AUGACUGAGAAAGCCACCUCGGAGGCCCCCGACUGUGGUCCGGAGGAGUCUGCCUCUAAGCCGGCCAAGGCGCCCACCACAGACCCCGCUGGAGAAGUGGCAGCGUUGGAGUCUGCCGGGGAAGAACGGGCUCCCACGCCGCUACCAGAGCCUGCUUCUCAGGCCCCGGCCCCUGCAGCCCCCACGGUCCCCACGGCCCCCCAAGCCACUAAACCUGCACCUCCAAGUGAAGACGUCCCCAGCGCCCCGCUGCUGCUGGCCUUGGAGGAUGUGAACGACAGCUCGGUGACCGUGAGCUGGGAGCCACCGGAGAGCCUAGGGAGACUGGGGCUCCAGGGCUACGUGCUGGAGCUCUGCCGAGAAGGAGCCUCAGAGUGGGUGCCCGUGAACGCCCGGCCCCUGAUGGUGACCCAGCUGACCGUGCGGAACCUGGCUCUAGGGGACAAGUUCUUCUUGCGUGUGUCUGCGGUGAGCUCUGCGGGGACUGGCCCGCCAGCUGUGCUAGAACAGCCUGUCCACAUCCAGAAGAUCAUCGAGGCCCCCAAGAUCCGAGUCCCCCGCCACCUUCGUCAGACCUACAUCCGCCAGGUGGGAGAGCCAGUCAACCUGCAAAUCCCUUUCCAGGGGAGUCCCAAGCCUCAAGCCUCCUGGACCCAUAAUGGCCACGCCCUGGAUAGCCAGCGGGUGAAUGUGCGCACUGGGGACCAGGACUCCAUCCUCUUCAUCCGCUCGGCCCAGCGCUCCGACUCGGGCUGCUACGAGCUCACCGUGCGUCUGGAAGGCCUGGAGGCCAAGGCAGCCAUCAAUAUCCUGGUGAUUGAGAAACCUGGACCCCCCAACAGCAUCCGGCUCCUGGAUGUCUGGGGCUGCAACGCUGCCCUUGAGUGGACACCGCCCCAGGACACAGGCAACACAGAGCUCCUGGGCUAUACCGUGCAGAAGGCAGACAAAAAGACAGGGCAAUGGUUCACGGUGCUGGAGCGCUACCACCCGACCACCUGCACCAUCUCUGACCUCAUCGUGGGAAACGCCUACUCCUUUCGGGUCUUCUCCGAGAACCAGUGCGGGCUCAGCGCCUCGGCCGCGACCACCAAGGAGCUAGCCCGCAUCCAGAAGGCAGCAAUGCACAUGCUCACCCGUUCCCACGAGGGGGGACUGAUUUUAACAAACACAUCAGAGCAAACCCACGGGAAGGAGACGUGCCUACCGGGAGGCUUCGCGCUUAUUCCAAAGUUGCUGGUGGCUGCCAACGUCACAGGGGUCACAGGGGCUCACGCAUGGUGUCCCAAGGGAACUACUCUGGGGGGCAGGAUGCGUGGGGAGGUAGAGUCUGAUAUUGUUGCCAAACCUAAGGGGUUUGUGGAGCGAGACUUCUCCGAAGCCCCCUCAUUUACCCAGCCCCUGGCUGACCACACCUCCACCCCCGGCUACAGCACUCAGCUCUUCUGCAGCGUCCGAGCAUCACCCAAGCCCAAGAUCAUCUGGAUGAAAAACAAGAUGAACAUCCAGGGUGACCCCAAAUACCGCGCCCUCUCUGAGCAAGGCGUCUGCACGCUGGAGAUCCGGAAGCCCAGCCCCUUUGAUUCUGGGGUCUACACCUGCAAGGCUGUCAACGUGUUAGGGGAGGCAUCUGUGGACUGCCGGCUGGAGGUCAAAGGGAAAGGUAUGAGGAACGUCCUUCGCUAG